UUUAUAUACAAUUGCGGCCAAAAUGUUCAGAACGGCAUUGUUUUUGUCAGAAAAAAAACGAAAUAUGGCUGCCAUGCUGAUUACGAUAACAACAAGCAGUUCGCUUUUCCUUGUGAUUACUUUUAUUGUCGUUCUAAUAUCACUAAACAUAGAAGCGAAGGAACUUGGAAAUAACUGUGAAAUUAAGAUUUCUCCCAAUAUCCAUAAGAUUUUAUCUCGUUUAGUAAGAUUAGACAAACAGGUUUUCAAUUUCGAUGUCCAGUUAUCCGAUAAAAAACUUGAUGACCUUCUGAAACCCGUACGAAUGGAUUAUUUCGCGAACGCGAGACAAUUUACCUGGAUUCCAGAUGAACCAGAUGGUUUGACGGCGUAUAAGAAUUUCUAUUAUGAUUUUUCAAUUUACUCUUUGAAUUUAUUAGGAGCUUACAUUGCUACUCCGAGGGUUGAUAUCGAUAUAAAUUGUGGGAAACAAAAUAUUCAGAGAUAUGAUUUACUAUAUUUGAUUUUUCAGGAAUUGAAGAAAAUCGCAGUGAUCGAUACAUUGAAAAUAGGAGAAUCUGGUUACAUGUGUUUUCUAAUAAAUUUAUCUCAGGACAUGAAGAAGAACAGCCCUGAGUCAUUAAAAGCUAACAGAAGAUUGGGUAUAAAUCGAGAGUUGGUGAAGAACUAUUGCUGUAAACUCUAAAAAAUGAAAGCUAUGUUUAUCACUCAAAAUCGAUUUGUUCUGGAAAUAUCAUGGAAAAUAGUAUGUUUCUCAAUUAUGCAAAUAUCGUCGGAGCAAUUGUGUGGAUAUUUUUCCCGUUAAUCGUUAGUCUUCUUUCACAAGCUAAAUUGCCUUCAUUUCCGCAUCAAGACACAUUGCCAUACAAAUCAGAAUGGAUCAACAAAAACCAUAAUACUUACAGUUUCUCUCAUUUUCUGUCUUGGUCAUUUUGUUUCUAUAAUUCCUCUUUCUUUGCCUCAAGACUGAGAAGAUUCCUUUCUAUUCUAUUUUCUCUUUCAGUAAUUUUCCUGAAUCUUUUGAUGCAUUACUUCUUUUUAUAUGAAACAAUAGCAAUAUUUUUCCAAAAUGAUAUACCAUUGGGACAUCGCGCCCUAAUAUUAGGAAUCCCAGAAAGUUAUGAGAAUACUGAUGGCUUUUUUGGUGGUCCCUUUGCAUGGUUAAUCUGUUACGUAUCUUUCAACUUUAUCCUCUUCGUUCUUCCCAGUCGUUUAAGUGAGACUAUCGCUUAUAAUACAUUACAUCAAAGAUCCACUUUCACGUUUCUCAUUCAAAAUAUCAGAUUAUUAGAGAAGUAUGGCAGUUUAAAUAUUUCUACACAACAGGAUUAUGAUCUACUCUAUGCAAUAACGAAAGCUAAUAUUUCUACUGCUUUAAACCCAAAUUUCUGGUAUUUAAUAAUUUACACUUGGAUUAAUCGUAUCAAGAAAAUUUGGUUAUAUUACUACAGGAUAAAUAUUUUCUGGAAAUUCAUUACACUUUGGCUCUUUGUUUCCAUUACAAUUUUAUUUGCUGUAUUUUCUGUCUGUGAAUUAUUUCUGUGCCUCGUUUAUUAUGGAAUACCAAUUGUUUAUUUGAUUUCAACUUUACCUUUCAGCUAUUCCAAAGUUUAUAUUUUCCCACUCUAUAGGAAUAAUAAUCAUAUUUUCGAGAUUGCUGCUGUACUUUUUACUAUUCUAUCGUUUCCAUUUUAUAUAUUAUGGGCUCUUUACUCAAUCUAUAUAUUUCUUACAAGUUUCCAAAUUCUUUGCAAUUACAUAUUUACGAUAGCUGUUACGGUUCUUGCUAAACCUGAUAAUGUCGGAGACGUAUGGUUUGUUGCCAUGUUUUUCGUGUAUACCGUUGCAAUUGUGAAAGCCAUUAUCAAGCAGUAUCAAUCAGUUAUAGUUCAGUCUAUAAAACUCACCAAAACCGUUUGUCCAAGAUUGGUUCAGGUAAAAUAUGGAGAGGAAUUCAUAAAUGCCAAUUUGUUUAAGACAAUUGUUAACCGUCAUUUUCCAUUGAGAUACGAGAUUGGUAAAUCCAUUGUAAAACUGUUUCUAAUCGUAUCUUUUUUCUUUGCUUGCAACAAUAUAAUAAGUCGAGAAGACUUGGACUUAUCAGCGUUCACAAGGUUUACUUUGAUAUUGAUGACGUCUAUGAUACCUAAAUUUUUGGCAAUAAUUAAUUCUAAAUUGAGUUUUUUUACAUCCAUGACACAUACAAUUAUCGAAACAAUAAGUACAUUUGAAGAUGGCAAUGCAUCACAUUCCAGUUUAUCAAUUUCUUAUUAAAUAAAAAUGCUUUGAAAUUUUCA